UAUUUAUGUUUUAUUUACAAUCAACAGUUAUCAUUUACUCUUUUAUGUAAUAUAAUUACAGUUUUUUAUUAUAUACGUUCCAAGCAGAGUUUGAUAUUGGUUCCAUUAUCUUUUAUAUUUUCUUAAUAUUUUGUGUAUAAUGAGUAAAUAGUAAAUUAUAUAGUUGUAAUUAUGGAUCAUGUGAGUGUUGAUGAAGGAACUAAAAUAGAAGCUUCUGUGAACAAUAGCUUUGGAAGUUGUCAACAACCUCAAGUUGGGCCCAAUGAAUCAAGUGAAAGUAUGAAACUGUUUUUAGAAGAGUCACAAGGAGAUCUAACACAAAAUAAUCACAAUGACAUAAAUACUGAAUCAGAUUCAAAUACAAUUCCAACAGUCCCCAAGAAAAAUGAUGGCCUAUCAGAAACAUUUUCUGACGAAAAUGUGAAGCAAAUUGAUGAUUACAAAUUGAAUACCGACAUGAAAUUAGAUACCAAUUUUGAUGCUGAUACACAGAUUGAAGAAAUUGACAAAUUUACAAUGAAUGGAAAUUUAUCAGAUGUCACAGAAAAUGGAAUUUCUGAAAAACAAGAUGAUGCUGAAAAUAAUAUGACUACAGUAAAAAAUACAGACACAGAUCAAGAUAAAGGCAGUGGCACUAUUACAACAUGCACUGAUAAAAAUCAAACCGAUACUUCUGAAGAAACUGAUUUAUAUCCUGCGACAUCAACAGAUACCUUUACUUCGAAUCCAUCUGCUUCGUCUUUAUCAACAGAGCUAUCAAAUAAUGAUCUCAACAACACUUCACCAACAGAGAACACACACUUAGCAAGCACUAAUUCUUCAUAUAAUACUUCUAUUUCCGAAGCCAAUGAUUUAAUUACUAAAGAUACAAGUGCAAAAUCAAAUGAUGUACCCGAAACUAUGAAUCGUAAACGGAAGAUAGAGGAUGAAACUUCUGAUGUUAUAAAAAUAAAACGAAUUUCUGAUAGCAUUGAUAAUAAGGAUAAUAUGUCAACAAGCAUAAUUUCAUUUUCUGGAGAUUGUCAAGAAAAUGAUUCUUCAAGUAUUUCAUUAAAUAUUCCAGAAACAUCAUUAGAUACCAGUAAUAGUCGAACAUUAAUUAAUGGUGAAAGUGUUUUGAUGAAUUCUUCAAACAAUUGUUUUUCUUCAGCAAACCUUACAACAAAAGAUGAUUCGGAUAUGGCUAGUUUCUCUGGAAAUGAAACACCUGAGCUUCAUAAAAGAGAAUCUUUAUUUCUAAAUAAUUCAGAAGGUUUGAACAUUGAAGGUUCUUCUUCUCCAGAUCAAGUACCUACUUUUGAGUUGAUAACAAGGUUUGAUGAAAGUAAUGACAUUGUUUCUUUGGUUAUAAAUCGAACUGAUCGAAAAUAUUUAGAUUAUAAUGCUGAUUGGAGUCAAAACAGUUCACCUGGUAGUGUUACUAGUACUGGUGUUUAUCAAUUAUCUGAUCAUAAACGUAUUUCAACAAUGUCAUCUAGCACAACAAGCAGUGUCUAUAGUACGAAAGCUCCAGAAAAUUUUGUGAUACCAGCUGUACCGUUAAGAAAGACUGAUGUACAUAAACAAGGCAUUAAAGGACAUAAAGAAUUGUUUAAGCAAAUUAAAGAAAUUUUCAAGGUAGCAUGUAGUGAUUUAUCUUCAGAUGAUUUUAAUUCAUCAAAUGAAAAAGAGGAUAAAAGCACUAUGUCUGAUAACUGUUCAAUGAUUAAAAUGAAAUCCCUUAUCAAUGAAGCAGUGGACAAUCACUAUGAACUAAUCAAUUCACCAGAGAUGAUAAGUGAAUAUGUUGAAACCGUUUCUAAUACCAAUUUUUCCAUGACACCUAAAAAAGAAAAAAUUCCAGUUCGAGUUACACCAGCUACGCCAUCACUAAAUACUACUGCAUCAGAACAAAGUUCAGAACAAGAUCCUAGAAUAAUGCAAAGAGUUUUAGCCAGGUGGGUAGAUAAAAAAUAUUAUGCUGGUCGAGUUGUAGAUGUAAAAGAUAACAAUAAAUUCACAAUCCGAUUUGAUGAUGAUCAUACCAAAACGCUUUUAAAUGAGUAUAUUAUAUUUGGUGAACAAAAUAUAUUGCCCUUGCAUGGUCAAUCUAUUUAUGUUAUGUUGAACAAUGAAGAAGAGUAUGUACCAGCAAUUGUUACAUCAAUAUUGGAGGAAUCGAAUAGGGUAAAAUACAUUGUCCAAACAGAUGGUGGUGAGAGUGGAUCUGUUAUGGCAUCUGAUAUAUAUUUGACGGAAGAUCAAGCCAGAAGUAUAAAAGAAAUUCAUACGAGUGUUAGCAAAGUUGAAAGUAAUAGCACACCAAAGAAAAUGAAUGGUCAAGAUGUGAGCUUGGAUAAUAUAAUACAUGGCCCAAGAAGCAGGCGCCAAGUUACAAUGAAAGCUAUUACCCCAAAGGCAGGCUCCUCUGGGCUGAAUAAACAUAAAAGAACAGGAGGUCGAGGAAGUAAACAGAGAAAGUUCAGUGAGAGCAGUGAUAGAUCGAUAACCGAACCUCCCAGUCCUGCAAGUACUACAGAGUGUGAUGAAGCAUCUUCUGUUAAAGGUCCUAUUGAGGAAGUUCAUGGCGUUGAACCAGAAGUACAGAAGACUCCCAAGAAAAUUAUUGGUGUUUUAACAGGGCCGUUUCCUGUAAAAGGUUGCGGGCGCCUGUCUGGCAGGCGAACUUCUAAAGUGACUGGAAGCCUUUAUGACAACAGCGAUCCAGAUACUGUAAACUUGCUAGGUCCAAUUCCUACAUCGAAUAAGCUUUUUCAAAAGAAGUGCUUCUUGUUAACAUGUACAGAAGAUGUUUCACAAAAAUUGAAAUUGGCCAGACAAGAGGCAUGUGAAGCGAGUGGAACUGAUUCAGAAUAUAGUACUGAUGCAGAAAAUUGUACUGUGCCUUUCAUGAAAGAAAGAUUGAGGCACCAAUUAGAGGCUGGUGGAGGUUUGGUGUUUAGUCACUUUGAAGAAAUACCACAAAAUAAAUACCGUACUUGCAUUCUUAUUGCACCGAGACCUUGUCACACGGCCAAGUAUAUUCAGUGUUUGGCAGCUAAUAUCAAAGCUGUACUCCAUACUUGGGUUGUUGACUGUUGUAAAUCAAACAAAUUAUUACUUGAGUAUGAUUUGCCUGCCGGAUGGUCCAUUGAAAGAAAGUGCUAUGUUAGAUACCAAAUAGGAAAAGAAAGAUAUAUGAGACUAUCAAGCAACCCCUUCAAUGAUUUUCUUAUAUUAUUGUGCAGCGAUAAUGACAAUUUUCUUAAGUUCUGGGGUCGUGUGUGUAAAUCUGCUGGUGCUAGUACAAAAAUUAUUGAAAAUGAAGAUUUAGGAACGUCAGUUGGCAGUGUAAUUGUUACUGAUUCUGAUUGCCCUCUGAAAGUUAGAAAACAAGCACAAAAUUUAGAUAUACCAUUAGUGUCUACAACAUGGGUAGUACAAUCCUUAAUUAUUGGCCAAGUUUGUAAUUAUGAUAAUAGCAUCAAAUAUGCACAUAAUUAUGUGGAUACAGAUUAA